AAGUCGGCACGAUAUCGUGGUCAUAUCCGUACCUAGUAGUAUCUGGCCCGGGGUAGUGAUAGCAUCGGUUAUGAAACGUAGGGAUCUGCGAGCUAACUUGAUCCUGGUCCUUCAGCGUUUGAUUCACCAAGAUCCUACCAAGAUCCCCAGUAUCAGUACUCGGCUCAGCAAUUCGCGGCUCAGCAGUCUGAAAAUGCUGCCGCGCAGCUCAAUCAGAUGGCCUUCGCGGCAAACGGCACGGCAGGCCAGUACAUGGCACCGAUCGUGGCCACGCUGAUUUCGUAUCAACCGACGGCGGGCAUGAUUGGGACUAAGGUAUUAAUCAAAAUAACGGCCCCAUACGAUCUGAUCACCAUCACGAGCCACUUCUUCUUAGCAUUUGGAUCCCACAAGAGCCCGGCACACGCUAUUAGGGACACGGGGGAUGCAAGCGGAUUUGGUUAUGCUGUCAGCGGAGACGCACCGCAGUUUGAAGACACGCGGAGUCCAAGCGCCAACGUGCCUUUAUCACUCCUGAUCGAGAGUGCGACAGGGCAGACUUUGGCAACUAUAGACGCAGGCACGUUCACUUAUCAUAACACUCCAGCCGGGACUGCAGAUGGCCCGCCUGAGAGCGUCACGCGGGCCAAGGGGGGGUCCAGGUCACCUGAGCAGAGGGAGAGCCCUACAAAACAACAAGACCAGGAGCAGCUGGCAACCGAUACAGCUACAAAUACAUACGGCUACGCUCCCACCACACAGCAAGCCGUUACAUCCAACUAUGAUACCGGUUAUACCAACAACGACAGUAUGAUAGGGACUUACCACCGCUCGUCUUACGCGCUCGACUAUCCUCGUCCACCACCACCCCCGCCCCUAAAGACUCCCUCGUGGAGUCAAUAUGCACAUUCUCUCUCGGGUCGAAGCCCUGCCAUAAAUCACACAACUAUCUCUCGACCUAGCAGCAUCACGACUUUACCCGUUCCGACUUCCAGCGCGCCGCAGCUGAUUCGUACUAGCACCUUACAGGCCUCCGGGUCAUCUGGUGGAGGACAGUUAAAUCCUUACGCCCUGUACUCCACUAAGGCGAUAUUAGAGAUAAAUGGAGAUCUCGAAUCGAUGGCAUCUGGGUGGACCCAGGAGGAGUGGGAAAACCGGAGGCGGAUAGUGAUGUUCAGCAAGAAGCAACGAGGCUCGACCCUUACCACGUCGUUUAAGCCUGUUGCGGCCAACGAGAGACCGCCAAACAGCAUCUGCAUCAGCUGCAUCUACUGGGCCGAAAAAGAGGAAUGCUACGUUACGAGCGUCGAUACCAUAUCCCUGCUGGAGCAGCUCGUUGCCGCGCCGGGGAGGUUCACGGUGGAGGAGAAGAACCGGAUCCGCCGCAAUCUCGAGGGGUUCCGCCCCCUGACAGUUAGCAAGGCGAAAGCCGAUAGCGAGGAAUUCUUCAAGGUCAUAAUGGGCUUUCCGGCCCCCAAACCACGCAAUAUCGAGAAAGAUGUCAAGGUCUUCCCCUGGAAAAUUCUAGGCUCGGCGCUUAAGAAAAUCAUCUCCAAAUACUCCGCUUCUCCGUCGUCGACGUUACCCUCUGGGCCGGGACCGACCCUGCUCACUCCCGUCAGCAGCACGAGCCCUGGUCUCUAUGGACCGCCCCACACGCCGACGGUAUCUGACAACAGCUACUCUCACCAUGACUCGCAUUCGAUGCCAUCGCCACGAUCUCUCACCGGUGGCCCGUCCGCAUGGGCGACCUAUCCCGGCCGCACGAUCUCGCCCGGGAUUAAGUCCCAUUCCCCACAAGGCAUACAGAUCACUAGUUUGCCCCCUACGUAUAGGCACGCAGAUACGAGGCCGCAACAACACCUACCGGCGCCGCCAAGCUACGGACUAGCGCAGCGUUGGGAUACCACCGCCGUCUCCAACGGCUACGGCGAUGCCUCCACUCCCGCCUACACGACGAGCCACCAGCACCAAAGUCAUGUGUACGGCGCAGGCACGUACGGUGAUGUCAGUCAUCGGGAAUAGCAACAUGACUGGAGGUCUUUCUUAGGGAUGGAAAUGGGUGGGAACAAUUCAGAAGGCAUGUGUCGCGGGAUGACGAGGGUUGCAUAAUGAGCCAUACAAUUUCAACGGUACAGAGAAGCUAAACAGAUGCCCAAAGCGCGCGGGAUCCAACUUGAGCAUCCGUACCGCAUAUCCUCAUACGAUACCGUUUAUACCCCGGCCUUUCUAUCUUCUCCUUACGGAUUCU